AUGUCAUCCGAUCUUGAUUUCAUUUCUUCUCUUAGCUAUGCAACAAUGCAAAUCAAUCGUCAUGCAGCUGCCUUAUUACUUUUAUUUGGAACUAUUGGCAAUCUCCUUAAUAUUUGUGUAUUAACUGAACGUUCAUUUCAACAAAACCCUUGUUCAAUUUAUCUUUCAUGGUCAUCAAUCACAAGUUUGAUCUUCAUUUGGUCAGGAUUUUUAACUCGAGUUUUACAAGGUUAUAAUGUCAAUUGGCCAAAUGAAAAUGAUAUUGCUUGUAAAAUUCGUCAACUAUUUCUCAAUGUUACUUGGCCAAUGGGUAUUUGGUGUCUUGUUGGUGCAAAUAUUGAUCGAUAUUUUUGUAGUCAUUCCUCAAUUACAUUGCGUCAAUUCAGUACAAAUCAAAUGGCAAAACGUUUUAUUCUUGGAAUAUUUGUUUUAUUUCUCUUAUUAUUUAUUGAAGUUGUUUAUUGUUUUGAAGGAAGUAUUCCAAAUGUUCCUGUUCUUUGUUAUGGUCGAAAUAUUCCUUGUCGAUUAUAUAAUGAUUGGGCUGCUUUAUUAUUUGAUAUAAUUCUACCAAGUAUUUGUUUAGCAAUAUUUGGUUUGUUAACAAUUCGAAAUAUUCGAUCGAGAGUUGUUUAUCCUGUGAGAAGUGUUCAAAAUUGUAUCAAUAGUCGAUUGUUAAUAAGACUCAAUGAUCGAAAUCUUACUCGAAUGGUAUUGAUUCAAGUAUUUGUUGUUCUUGUUUUGGAUUUGCCCUUUGGAAUUUAUCGAGCUUAUGCGAGUUUAACAUCUGAUGUUACAAAAAGUUCAUAUCGUGUUGCAAUUGAAAAUCUAAUUUAUUCAUUAAUUGUACUUCUUAUUUGUAUUACACAUUCAACUUCAUUCUAUCUUUAUACGUUGACAGGUUCAUUUUAUCGCCAUGCAUUGAAACGUAUGGGUCGUCGUUGUUUUAUUCGAUUUCGAUGCAUUUGUUAA